AUCUUUCCUCAUUUCAUACUUUGUCCUUCACCAAGCUGAUCCCUUUUCAUUUCUCUGGCUUCUUUACUACUGUUUUCAGUCGUAAUUGGUUUCGAAUUUUGAUUCCUUCAUCUGUAGACAGUUGUAAGGAUCGAUUUUUGGCUUGAUUUUUUGACUAAUGGGCUUGGAGGAACUUAGUAAUCUGGGGAAAAUUAGAGUUUUCUUGAGUUGUCGUCUACAAGGUAUUCGUGGGAAUGCCUAAUCGUGGUAUCUGCUGAGUCAAGUUUCAUAUUUCUUGUUCUUUCUCCGUCUAUGAGUUUAUCAUUACUUCUGCGAGUUUAUUAGUGGAAUUCCGAUAACUUGUUUCACAUUGGUUCUUCUCUCAAGAAAGUUGCUAUUUGAUGUUACAUUGGAUUGUGAAAUUGAUUUGCUGAAUACUUUUUGGUCUAGGAAGUAGCUGCAUCUGGGUCGGAAGACCAACAUUUAUUCUAGCUGUUUCAUGGGAUUUGCCAUCACGGUGACAUUACCUAAUUGUGGAAGUAAGUUCUUGCCUAAAAGGAGUUUCAGAGACAAAGGUGCUUUGUCUCUUGCCAUUUGUUCCCUCUGUCAUUUCCUUCAUCCUGCACAGCCUCUGUUGGUCAGACAUCAAAGGAGGAUGUCAUGGACAACUAUCAAAAGCUCGGUUGGUGGGGACAGAUUCGAUCCAGCAUCUGGUUCUUCAAGUAAUAAUAGCUCCAGAGGUCUACGGCUAAUCAAAGCCAUACAAGUUCUCAGAAGUAAGCUUCUGGUGAAAAUUCAGGAGAUAAAGAAAGAUCUCCCCAAGAAACUGUUCUUUCUCUUGGUGGGAUUCUACUCUGCAACUGCUUUCUCUACAUUCAUAGGACAAACAGGAGACUGGGAUGUUCUAUCUGCUGGAUUGGCUGUGCUUGUAGUUGAAUGCAUUGGAGCUUUAAUGUACAGAGCUUCUAUUCCAUUAAUCAACAAGAUGCGGAGCACGAUCACCAUGUUUAACUAUUGGAAGACUGGACUCGCCCUGGGACUGUUCCUAGACUCAUUCAAGUUUUAGCUUGGACCUCGGAAAAGGCAGCGUAACCUGGCUCAAGAAUGGAGAGUGGUCAGCAAAUUUUUGAAAAGCUGUGUCCCCUUUAUGCCUGAAACCAAUACAUGAGGGUUGUGAAGACUUUAACGUUCGAUGAAGACAAAUCUUAUGUUUCAGCGUUUCAAAUCACAAGGUAGAAGACAUAGACCAAACCUUCGAACCUACCAAAGGCCAGUCACCAGCAAACAAUACUCGAGACUUGUCUUUAAUACCUUGUAUAUGAUUCUCAGUCGAAGCAUCAUUGAACUGCAGAUCGAUAAUUAUAAAAACGUUGAUCCCUGAAACAUCUUCCACUUUUCAGACUUUUGAAGUAAUUUC